GUGAGUUUCUGUGUUACGCGGCAGGCGUCGCGAGCGCGUCACACACUUCCGCCCUUACUCGAGCAGUUCUUUGUAUUUUCGGUGACCGGGUUCGGCUCGUAACUUCGAUGGAGGCGACAAUGGCUACAGCUCCGGUUCCUAGCGCGCCGAAUAGUGCUACGACCAACGAGGGCAUUCUUAUAGGAGAUAAGGUUUAUUCUGAAGUCUUUCUCACUAUAGAUAACUCGUUAAUCCCGGAGGAAAAACUGUCCCCGACUCCGUCUAUGCUCGACGGCCUGGACCUACACACCGAAACCGACCUCCGUAUUCUAGGCUGCGAACUCAUACAAUCAGCCGGGAUACUUCUGCGUUUACCACAGGUGGCAAUGGCAACCGGGCAAGUGCUGUUUCAUCGAUUUUUUUACUCGAAGUCAUUUGUGAAACACAGUUUUGAGAUUGUUGCCAUGGCCUGUAUCAAUCUGGCCUCAAAGAUCGAAGAAGCCCCACGUCGAAUACGGGACGUGAUCAAUGUCUUUCAUUAUUUGAGGCAGAACCGAGGAAAAAGGAGUGCAAGCCCAUUGAUACUUGAUCAGAACUACAUAAACACGAAAAACCAGGUGAUCAAAGCCGAGAGACGUGUGCUGAAGGAGCUGGGUUUCUGUGUCCACGUCAAGCAUCCGCACAAGAUCAUCGUCAUGUACCUGCAGGUCCUCGAGUGUGAGAAGAAUCAAACGCUAGUCCAGACAGCUUGGGUAGUCCAUGAUGGUAAGUGUCAUAAAGAACCUCUGAACUCUGCUCCUCCAACCACAUGACCCCAGGAAUCUGCCCCUCCCCCAUUGGCUGCCCGUCUCGAGACAGCCAAUCCAGUGAGAGCUCUCUGCCCGAGAAUCACUGAAGGGGGGACUUUUCCACCUGGCAGCAUCAUCUUGUUUUCUUGGGGGUUGUCCAAAAGGAUUUGUAUUUUUUGUUUUUGCUACAAGACUUUUUUUUUUUUUUUUUAUCCCUUUUUUAUUUAAGUAUAAAUUCCACAUUUAUAACUGAAGUUUACCAGCUAAGCAAGUAGGUAUUGAACAGUGGGUAUUUUUUUUUGGUAGUUAAAUGUACAUAUGUAUUGUGUGUUCACACUGAUGUGGUUUCUAGAAAUGUAUCUUCCAGAAAUCAUCCUGCUCUACGAGUUCGUUUCCUUUUUUUCCCCCCACAUCAUCGUGCCAGGUCACAUGUGUUAGGCCUUUAACGGAGAAUUCCACCCUGAAUUAACAUCUUCCGUUGACACUUUGAUCUACUUUCAAUGCCGUUUGGCCGCGUUCUGGAAGUGGCGCGGUAGGAUUUUCUACCUAAAAAGAGCCAUUGCGGCGGCGCUUUAGUCUGUCCAGCUCCAUCACCUGCUUCCAAAGCUUCAGCUUUAACCCUAGUACUAGUCAUCUCCUAGAUAGCUAACUAGCUGAAGGCAAGUCCAUGAAAGCUGAUGGGGCUUUCAACAUCCCCACAACUCCUGCACUCGGUCUCUCAUUAAUACGUCGGUGGGAAACGAUAUUCUCCAACACUAAAUCAGCACCAGAACUGAAAAUCAUUCACUAUUAAUGCACGUAUGGUUUCAGGGUGGAGUUUUCCUUUAAACAUGAAGUUAAUCUGGUGCCGUUUUGUCUUUUAUUUCUGAAGUAAUGACUUCAGCUUAACGUGUUCAGUCCACGUCGUGAUCCUACGGCACGUGUCUUAUUCGAUCUGUCUUGUGGUAGUUAGCUGUGUGUCGCAGGGGACGUUCUUUGGGUAGCCGCCGCUGUGCUUUUUGGCUUUUGCCUCCCUUUGGCGCAUGCUGUCGCGUGUCAAAUCGCACGUUAUCAUCCCGCAGCGAUCAGCGCGUCCUGUCUCCCCGUUUCACACCACCGGCCUCAUCGUUUGCAUCAUCGCGGGUGACGCAGCCUCCGACGUCUCAGACAGAAACGGAUGGGAUUGGGUGCUUGCGUCAUUGCUUAUAGUUAAAUUGCCUGAUUUGCAUGAAACCCCUGCGAUCGUAGUUUCUUUUAAAGCUAUUUGCAUGUGCAGGCGGUAAAUUUAUUUAUUUAUUUAUUUUUGUAUUUUUUUUAAAUGCUCGUGUCCGGUGAACCAUUCCAGUGUGAACACGCUCUCAUCUGUUCUGCAUGUCUGUGUUUUGAAAAGAAAAGAAAAACACUGCCAGUGUUGACGUUCAGGCAGGCAGGAGUGAGAGAGACGGCGGUUUUUAAAGAGGGAGGGAACGGACAAAGCUAAACACGAGUCUCCUUAAACGCUUCAUGAACACACUGCAUCGUGGGAAGAGGGAUGC